AUGCCGUCGGUGGAGUACGGCCGUUUUGGCCUGCAGCCGACGGCCAUCAAUCAGAAUCGUAACAAACAUUUACUGAACGAACCGAAGAAACGUAAACCACGUCAAGAAAUCUGUGCGCCCCUCAAAUGGCUCUGUUUCAUCGCCAAUUUCUUAGUCUUUCUUAUCGGUGUGACAUGUUUGGCACUCGGAGUGUAUUUGUGCAUCAAGGAUCCACGGCCGAUAACCGAGUGGGCAGAUGUGUUCCUGAAUCCGGCCGUUGUGCUCACCAUAAUUGGACUUGCCAUAUGCAUUGUUUCGUUAAUGGGAUCCCUUGGUGCUCUGAGAGAUAAUAUUGCAUUGCUCAAAACG